UAAGCGUUACUUAUUUUUCAAUCAUUUAAUCAAAAUCAUAAUAUCAUUAAAACCUUCCACGUAAUGUACCCAAUUUACCCUUUCUUUCUAAUAAAACUCCCCCCUCCACCCACUUCAGUCUUCACUUGCAACACCGAAAAUGCUUCAAUAUCUCGGUCCUUAUUUCUUCACUUCCUUUAUCAUAUUUCUCCUCCAUAACCCGCCAUGCAUAGCCUCCAGACCGCCACCGCGAUUUUUAUUAACGCCGCCACUCGACACAACGGAGCAUCACUACAAGAACUACACGUGGCAUCAUUUCAAGAGCUUUCUUAAUGCCAGGAAGGGUAGUCACGUCAGCGGCAUGUCCGAACUCAAAAGAUACUUCCAUCAUUUCGGUUAUCUCCCGUUACGAGAUUUUCAUAACAUUACCGAUAUUUUCGAUGCUCAUUUGGAAUCGGCGGUUUUUCGAUAUCAAGCUAAACUGGGUCUCCCAAUUACUGGUAAGCUCGAUGUACUUACUCUAUCGCAAAUGAUGGCACCGAGAUGCGGCGUACCCGAUACAGUCCAGAAACUGCAUUUUUCAAAAAAUUACGUUUAUUUCCCCGGAAAACCACGGUGGGCUCGCCACAUACCGAUGACUCUCACUUACGCGUUCUCGCCUGUGAACAGGAUCAGUUACUUGAGCUUAGCGGAUAUUAAAGACGUGUUUAAACGCGCUUUCGGUCGAUGGGAAUCGGUCAUUCCGGUAAGCUUCAUAGAGACGAAUGAUUAUGGUUUCGCGGAUAUUAAAAUAGGAUUUUACAGUGGCGAUCAUGGCGAUGGAGAACCGUUUGAUGGAGCUUUGGGAGUGCUGGCCCACUCAUUUUCGCCAGAAAGCGGCAAGUUCCAUCUAGACGCUUCUGAAACAUGGACCGUUGAUUUCGAAAUGGAGAAAUCAAAGGUGGCAGUAGAUUUGGAAUCGGUGGCAAUACAUGAGAUAGGCCAUCUGUUAGGGUUGGCCCACUCGUCAGUUAAAGAGGCGGUAAUGUAUCCCAGUUUAAAACCUAGGAAAAAGAAGGUGGAAUUGAGUGUGGAUGAUGUACAGGGAGUUCAAGCUCUUUAUGGAUCUAACCCUAAUUUCACACUUGGGUCUUUGUUAGAAUCUGAUAUUUCUACAAAUACAGCCCUUCAUCUCACCAUCAGAUCUUCCUUGUGGGCCACCUUAAUUACGGCUUUGACGUUGAUCCUUUCUCUGUGCAUGUAACUUCUUUUCCUUUUCUUUUUUUUUUUUUUUUAUGCCACAAUUCUUUUUUUUUUU